CCGGGACGCCCCGGAGGCGUCGGCGGCAGCGGCCGGGAGGGAGCUGGACGACGACGGCGGCCGUGCAGGGAGCGGGACACCCGGCGAGAGUCUCAGAGCUGGAAGGGACUUGAGAGGCCAUCUAGUGCACCCGACCUGAGCCAGCAGGCCCGUGUGACAAGGGAACAGCCAGCCUUUGCUUGAAGACAAGCACCCAGUGCAAUGCCUUGCACAUGUGAUUUCUCUACUCCUUGCUGUUGAAUCAUGGGAGAAAUUGAAGGAACCUAUAGAGUCCUAGAGACUUCAGGAAGCCGCUUGGGGGGCCCGAAUCACACUGGGGUGAGCACCCUGGAGCCAGGGCAAAGCCUGUCUUCAGCCAUGGCGAAGACGUCUGCCAAAUUGCAAGAGAAGGCCCUUGCUAUCAAAGUCAAGUUGCUGGACAAUGCCAUUGAGAUACUCCAUGUGGAGCCCAAAUGCUAUGGCCAGAUCCUGUUGACAGAGGUGUUUAAGCAUUUAAAUUUGAUUGAAUCAGAUUACUUUGGAUUGGAAUUCCAGAAUGUCCAGUCUUACUGGAUUUGGCUGGAACCCAUGAAACCUAUUGUUAAACAAAUACGAAGACCAAAGAACACAAUGCUUCGGCUAGCCGUCAAAUUCUUCCCGCCUGACCCUGGACAGUUGCAAGAAGAAUAUACAAGAUAUUUGUUUGCCUUGCAAAUCAAGAGAGACUUAGCUGAAGAACGACUCCUCUGCAGUGAUAACACGACUGCUCUCCUUACUUCUCAUCUCUUGCAGUCUGAGAUAGGCGACUUUGAAGAAACAGCAGAUCGAGAACAUCUUAAAAUAAGUAAAUAUGUGCCAAACCAAGAUAGUCUUCAAGAGAAGAUAAUAGAAUACCAUCGACAGCACAUCGGCCAAACACCUGCUGAGUCAGAUUUCCAGGUACUUGAAAUUGCUAGGAAGUUAGAGAUGUAUGGGAUCAAGUUUCACCUGGCCUCUGAUCGAGAGGGGACCAAAAUUCACCUUGCUGUUUCUCAUUUGGGUGUACUCGUAUUCCAGGGGAACACCAAAAUUAAUACCUUCAACUGGUCCAAAGUCCGUAAAUUGAGCUUUAAGAGGAAAAGGUUUCUUAUUAAGCUUCAUCCAGAAGUUCAUGGCUCAUAUCAAGAUACAUUGGAAUUUCUCUUGGGGAGUCGAGAUGAGUGUAAGAACUUCUGGAAGAUUUGUGUCGAAUAUCACACCUUUUUCAGACUUUUUGAUCAGCCCAAGCCAAAAGCUAAAGCUGUUUUCUUCAGCCGAGGGUCUUCAUUCAGAUACAGUGGGAGAACACAGAGACAGCUGGUGGACUAUGUGAAAGACAGCGGGAUGAAGAAACAGCCCUAUGAAAGAAGGCACAGCAAGGUUAAAAUCUCCACUCAAACUUUGAAUAAGGAUUUGCCAAAACAGAGCAUCUCAUUUACCGAGGGCUCGAGACUUCCUGGUUCACCGUGUUCUACAAAUGCCUCCUUUUAUUCAGCCCCUACCUCUUCUGUGACCUCCGCUGACCUGCCCGUUUGCAUGGACAGCAACAGUUCCUUCAUGGUCUCCAAGGCAUCCUCUGUGAAGAGCCCCGUAGCAGAAAGGAGCAGUGUCACAUCAGCUGAGGAAGCUGACAAGCAAACGGUCCAACUACAGGGAUCUCCAAUACUCCACUCAUUUCAAGGCCUCUUGGAGGACAGCUCUCCGCUUUCUCCCUCCUCGUUGAAGAGUUCACUGAGUUUGAACCCAACAUUUCAGGUGUCUCUGAGCCCAACUGGACAGGGCUCAUCCCCUCUCCUAAGCCCUGUCCUAGGUGAUGCUGGUUGUGUCAGAGUUGAAGAUGAGGAGGAGACAAAACAGCAGCGAGUGCCAAUAGAUCGCGCGUAUUUCAUAGCCAAGGAGAUUCUGGCCACUGAACGGACCUACGUGAAGGACUUGGAAGUCAUCACUGUGUGGUUCCGCAGUGCGAUCAUCAAGGAGGGAGUCAUGCCGGAGACGCUGACGACGCUGCUGUUCUCCAACAUCGACCCCAUCUACGAGUUCCACCGAGGGUUCCUGAGGGAGAUCGAGCAGCGCCUGGCCCUUUGGGAAGGAGCCACCGGGGCCCACGAGAAGGGCAACGUCCAGCGCAUCGGCGACAUCAUGCUGAAGAACAUGCACAGUCUGAAGGCGUUCACCGGCUGUCUCCAGAAGCAUGAUGAGGUUCUGACAGAACUGGAGAAGGCCACCAGGUGCCUCAGGAAACUGGAGAUGGUCUACAGGGAAUUUGAGCUUCAGAAAGUUUGCUACUUGCCGCUCAACACGUUCUUUCUCAAGCCCAUUCAGAGACUGAUUUACUACAAGUUGGUCCUAGGCCGCUUAUGCCGAUACUACAUGCCCGGCCACCCAGACUAUUCCGACUGCAAGAGUGCGCUCCGCAACAUCUCGGAGAUGACCUUGCAGCUGCAGAACAGCCUCCUGCGCCUGGAGAAUUUCCAGAAACUCACCGAGCUCCAGCACGACCUGGUCGGCAUCGACAACCUCGUCAUCCCAGGCAGGGAGUUCAUUCGGGAAGGCUGCCUGUACAAGCUCACCAAGAAGGGCUUCCAGCAGAGAAUGUUCUUUUUGUUCUCAGACAUGCUGCUGUACACGAGCAAAGGCGUGACGGGCACGAACCACUUCAAGAUCCACGGUCAGCUGCCCCUGCACGGCAUGCUGUUAAUAGUGCUGGAGCCGCCGGUGGAGGAGACCGACAACGAGUGGUCCGUGCCCCACUGCUUCACCAUCUACUCGGUCCCAAAGACCAUCGUGGUGGCCGCCAGCACCCGCCUCGAGAUGGGCAAAUGGAUGGACGAUUUGGGCCUCGCCAUCGAGCUGGUCAAGUCCAGUGACAAGGCCGUGGCGCUUCUGGACAGCGGUGUGGGCGGCGGCUCCAACAGACCCUCGGGCGAGGUCUCUGGAGAGCAGGAGUCGGAAGAGGAUGCCCACUCCUCCCAUAGCUCCCUGGACAGGCCGAGUCUGCACCGGGCCAAUACCACCAUGCACGUGUGCUGGUACCGCAACACCAGCGUCUCCAUGGCUGACCACAGUGUGGCCGUUGAGAACCAGCUCUCGGGAUACCUGCUGAGGAAGUUCAAGAACAGCAGCGGCUGGCAGAAGCUCUGGGUGGUGUUCACCAACUUCUGCCUGUUUUUCUACAAAACGCACCAGGACGACUACCCGCUGGCCAGCCUCCCCCUGCUGGGCUACACCAUCAGCGUCCCCGGGCAGGCCGACGGCCUUCACAAGGACUUUGUCUUCAAGCUUCAGUUCAAGUCUCACAUCUACUUCUUCAGGGCUGAGAGCAAGUACACGUUUGAGAGGUGGAUGGAAGUGAUCAAGAGAGCCACCAACUCUCCCGGGAGAAGCAGCCAGACGGUGGCCAGCGAGGACAGAGAUUCCCGCACACACUGAUGGGGGGCACCCGCGGGCCCUGGAGGGGGAGAGGCUGGAGCUGGAAAUUUAUGAAUAAAGGGAAAAGGGAGAGAGGGCUGCGUGCUGCCGCAGGACUGGGACUGCGAGGAGGGCGCGGGGGCAAGCAGGAGAGCGGGUCCGGGCCGUGGGGGCCUCCCAGCUCCUCCACGCCCACCUGUCAGGGGGAGCCCCGGCUUCUGCCUGCGGCUCCCCCGGUGGUGGGGCACAAAGGUCCCCGGAGCCCCCCUCACAUGGACAAGAAAGCAAUGGCCCCCAAGGGCCUUGGGCUCUCUGCUGUGGCCCAAGCCAGGGACGGCCUCCCUUUGUGUCGGCCAUUAGAGCCCCAGGAGGUCACUGGAGGAGUUUGUCGUAUGUCGAUGUGGGGAAAGAAUGUCGGUGGGAGCGAAGCAGCGCCCCCCUCCCCCCCCAGGCAUCCUCUAUGGCAGGUUCCUUUGUCUGUAAAAUGGGGAGAAUCCCACCUGCCACCUCCCUCUGGGUUGGGGUGAGGACGAAGGUGCUAGCUCCAGGUGGGUCUGGUUCCAGGUCACCCAGCACCUGGGGAGCACUUGGGCACAGCGGGACAGCCCAGCCCCGGUGGGGAGAUGGGGGGUCCGGGCCUGUGCCUGCUCCUAGGAGGCCCAAGCCCCGAGUCUCAUGGUUUGUUAGCUGUGUCCUACAAGGCAAGGCCCCGACAAGCGGGUCUGAAUAUAAGUUAUUGGGCGCGAGCCCUCCCGGGGCAGGGGAAGGGGGGAGGCACGUGGGUACACGUGGCUCCGAGUAAUAAAGGCCUCGUGACUGCA